CAUGGCCUCCGCCACCGCCGCCACCAACAUGAGCAGCAGCAGUAGCAACAACGCUUGGCCCGCAGCCACGGAGGACAACCCCUCCCUCGCGCUCUACGCGCCCGGCGACCUGCGCCUCGAGCCGCGCCCCGUGCCCCAGCCCACCGACGCGCACUCGGUCCUCGUCCGCAUCGCCUACAUCGGCUGCUGCGGCAGCGACGUGCACUUCUGGACGCACGGCGGCAUGCGGCAGUACCGAGUGUCGCCCACACGCCCGGUAGUCAUGGGCCACGAAGCAGCGGGCAUCGUCGCCGCCGUCGGCCCCGCCGUGACGACGCUCCGCCCCGGCGACCGCGUCGCCCUCGAGCCGGGCGCGCCCUGCCGCCGCUGCCGCCCCUGCAAGCAAGGCCGCUACAACCUGUGCAAGGGGAUGCGGUUCGCGGCCGCGCCGGGGGGCGCCGACCGUCCUGACUGCGACGGCGCCCUGGCGCGCUUCUUCUGCGCCCCGGCCGACUUCUGCUACAAGCUGCCAGCAAACCUGGGGCUGGACGCGGCGGUGCUGGCCGAGCCGCUGGCCGUGGCUGUGCAUGCGUGUCGGCUGGCAGAUGUGCGCGGCGGGCAGCGCGUGCUGGUCAUGGGCGCGGGGACGGUGGGGCUGCUGUGCGCCGCGGCGGCGCGGGCGCAGGGCGCCAGCACCAUCGUCGUCGUCGACGUGCUGCCGCAUAAGCUGGCGGCGGCGCGGGCGCUCGUGCCCAGCGUGCAGACGUUCGUGCCGGAUGCGGCUGCCUCGCCUGAAGACACGGCCGCGCGCCUGGCCGCCGCCUUCUUCGCUGCUCCGGACGACGACGACAGCGCCGGCCCAGACGUCCUGCUCGAGGCGACGGGCGCCGAGGCGUGCAUCCGCGCGGGGGUGCACGCGCUGCGGCCGGGGGGCGUGAUGGUGCAGGUAGGGCUGGGGCAGGACGACGUGGCGGUGCCCAUGCUGGUGCUGGCCGAGAAGGAGGUGACGCUGCGCGGGAGCUUCCGGUACGGGGCGGGCGACUUUGCGCGCGCGCUCGAGCUGCUGGGCAGCGGGAGCGUCGACGUCGCGCCCCUGGUUAGCUCGGUCGUGCCGUUUGAGCGGGCGGUGGAGGCGUGGGAGGCCACGAGGAGGGGGGAGGGGAUCAAGAAUCUGAUUCAGGGGGUGCAGUGAUGGUUUGUUCUUACUACCUAUAUAUCUCAUUCAUUCACUUUCUAGGGAG